CAAAGCCCACACCAGGAAAAAUAAAGCAUAAAUAAACAUCCACAAUUGUCAAACCCAACGCUCCAAGAGGAGACCCAAGAAAACAGUUACCAAAGCCAAAAACCAAAGCCGAUAACCGCCAACAAUGAGACUCCUCAUCCUCGCCGCUGCCGCCGUCCUUCUCCUCCUCAAAGUCUUGACCGCUGGGGCCGCCCGCAGGGAGGCGCUGCUCGGCGGCUGGAACCCAAUAAAGGACCUAAGCAACCCGUUCGUGGGGGAGAUCGUUGGGUUUGCCAUCAAGACGCACAAUGACGAGGCCAAGACGGGGCUGGUGCUGGAGAAGGUGGUGAGGGGUGAGACGCAGGUCGUGUCGGGGACGAACUACAGGCUCGUCAUCCAGGUCAAGGACGGGGCCGAGACCAAGAACUUCGAGGCCGUCGUUUUUGACGCAGGUCGUGUCGGGGACAAGUCUUGGGAGCACGUCAGGCGUCUCAGGUCGUUCAAGCCCGUUUUGGGCAAUGCGUGA